AUGUUUGCAGAGAGUACUAGUAAAAUAAGCGUUGAAGAAAAGGUAAAAGAAGAUUCUGAAAUAGCAAAAAAAAUUAAAGCAGGAAGAACCAAAGUAACUAGAGUCGUCAAAAAAGUGACAGGAGCAUCACAAAAAGCAUAUUUGAUUGAGCUUAUGAAAAAUAAUAAAUUUAGUGUAAUAGCUGAUGAAUCCACAGAUACUUCAUGCAUCAAACAUUUGUGUUUAGUGGUUAGAAUGUGUAUUGAAAAUAAAAUAGAAGAUAAUUUUCUGGACCUGAUACCCGUAGUUGAAACCACAGGAGCUGCACUUUUUGAGAUAAUUAUAAACUUUUUUACAAAACACAACAUACCGUAUAAAACAAAUUUUAUUGGUUUUGCUUCUGAUGGCGCCAGUAAUAUGGUGGGAAUGAGAAAUUCAUUAGUCAGCAGGUUACAGGAAAGUAUACCAGGCAUAUUCACAGUAAAAUGUAUUUGCCACAGCUUCCACCUCUGUGCCUGCUAUGCGUGCCAAAAACUGCCAGAAGAGGUUGAACAACUAACAAGAGAGGUUUACAAUUAUUUUUCGAAUAGUCCAAAAAGAGUUGAAGAAUUGAAAGAGUUUCAGGAGUUUGUCAAUGUUGCUCCAGCUAAAAUUCUUCAUCCAAGUCAAACCCGUUGA